AAAGAUCGUUCAAGCAGGGCGAUCAAUAAUUCGUAACACGUGCACGUAGCACGUGGAAUCACAAUACGUGACGAACAAUGUUAAAUCGAUAUCUUCAUAGCAACUACGAACUACGAAGCUUUCUUGGUUAAUGCAUGCUGGCAUCUCUUCUCACAACACUUGCGAUUUUUCUCUCGUAAUUCUCGCUAAAGUUAGAAGCUGACGCAAGAUAAAAAUGGUGAAAAUCACCCUCGAAUUAAUACGGAAACGUUCGGAGCAUAAUGAGGGCGAAAUAUCAACGUUGGAAGAGAUAGCUUUGCACCAGGAAAAUAUUGAUAAAAUCCAGCUGAUAGACAGACACUGCAGGAAUCUCAGGAUCCUCCUGUUGCAGCACAAUCUAAUAUCGAAGAUAGAGAAUCUGAGUAUGCUGAAGAGGCUGGAAUAUCUGAAUCUGGCCCUCAAUAAUAUCGAGGUUAUCGAAAACCUGGAAGGCUUAGAGAGCUUAAAGAAGUUAGACCUCACCAUCAAUUUUAUCGGAAAUUUACAAAGUGUAAAAAAUCUCAGGUGCAACGAACAUUUGGAGCAUCUGAUUCUAAUGGGAAAUCCGUGCACGGAUUACGAGUACUACAGGCAAUACGUUGUGGCUACUUUGCCGCAAUUGCAAGAGCUCGAUAUGAAAGAGAUUGAAAGAUCGGAACGUAUCAAGGCAUUGCAGAUCUAUUCGCGAGCGCGAGACGACGUUAUCGAGAGCUACAAGCAUUAUGAGAAGACUAGGAUAGCUCAACGCGUUCGUCGCAAUGCACAUGAAACCACAGAAACACUCAAGCAGAUGAGUACUGAGGAAAAGGUGAAACAUACAAAGAACGAGCGAAGCGAGAAUACAAGCACAGAGCAGGAUGACGAGUCAGAGGACGAACAUUUCUGGAAACAGCCUAGUUAUCAUACGCCGGAAGACAGAGUCGCCAUUGCUGAGCGAUUCAUGAAGAAACAAGAGAUGAAGAAUCGCACUUCGGAUAAGACCACUCAUCCAAAACGUGCGCUGAAAUUAUUCGCUCCAGAUGGAAGAGCAUAUAAUAUAAAUCGAGCGAAGGUACCAUUCAGAUUAAACGAUGAAGAUGAUCCCGAUUUUGUUGUUCUUGAAGUAUCCGUUUACAGACACUUGGACACUUCUUAUAUCGACGUCGACGUAAAUCCGACUUACGUGCGAGUCACUAUAAAAGGAAAGAUCCUGCAGUUAACCCUGCCCUGCGAGGUAUCGGUUGAGAGAAGCAAUGUUCGACGGAAUACGACUACCGGAAGUUUAGUGAUCGCUAUGGCCCGUUUGACUCCGUGCACAACAAUCGUGAAAAAGAACGAAUCGACGAGAAAGAAGAAAUUCAACGAAAGCGAAACAAAGGUAAUUACAGUUCGGGCACCGAUGACCUCCCAACGAGUCCUCCUCGAGAUCGGCCCGGCCACAGAUAUUCACGAUUUUCUGAAGAUAACUAAGAAUUCCGCGAAACAAACCCAGAAGAAAGAAAAGAAGGAUCUUGAUAAUUUCGAGAACAAUUCGGACGUACCGCCUCUCGAAUAAACUCAAACUAAUUACGAAACCUGAUGAUGAUCUCAUAAAUUGAUCAUUAUGUUGA